AUGGUGAUGGGCUUCCACCAUGCUGCCGGUGCCGGUGCCGGUCCGGGAUCGGGGGGACAGCCCGUCACUGCGCGGCUCCGGGCGGACACGACUCGCCCCCUGACCACCGUCAGCCCUCUCUUCCUCUCCGUGGCUCUGGACGCUGCUCUACUCCGCACAGACAGCCUGGACUUACUCAGAUCUCAGAAAUUGAUGACAUUAGCAAGAGGAUUAUCCCCUGGCUAUGUGAGGUUUGGUGGAACCAGAGCUGACUUUGUUUUAUUCGAACCAUCAAACCGUUCACUUACACCACGUGAAGACGGGGAAUCAAUAGAUGCUCAAGGAAAUUGCCCAAAACCAAUUUCUUUUGAAGACGAAGAAUAUCUGAAAUAUGUUUUGACUUCACAAGAACCCUUCGUUCUGAGAGAGCAAUUCCAAAAUGAUUUUAAAAAUAUCACCAUUUCAGGAAGGUCCAUUGACAUCUUGCAUAGUUUUGCAAACUGCUCUGGUCUGCAUUUAAUCUUUGGUCUCAAUGCCUUACUACGGAAAAAACAUGCCUGGGAUAGUUCAAAUGCUCAAGAGCUCUUGAAGUACUGUGCGUCAAAGCAAUAUAAUGUGUCCUGGGAACUUGGCAAUGAACCCAACAGUUUCAGAAAGAAGGCUCACAUUAAAAUUCAAGGCUCUCAGCUUGGAAAGGACUUUCAGCACUUAUACAAGCUGCUGAAGACCUACAGUGCCUUCAGCAACACAGGCAUUUAUGGCCCAGAUAUUGGGCAACCUCGGAGAAACAAGAUUGUUAACCUGCUGAAGGGAUUUCUUGAAACUGGAGGGAACGUGCUUAAUGCCAUUACCUGGCACCAUUAUUAUGUGAAUGGAAGAAAUACAUCAUUAAAAGAUUUUCUGAGCCCAGCAAUAUUGGACAGCCUUAGACCUAAAGUAAAAGAAGUUUUUCAGGUUGUGGCUAAAACCGUUGCUGGUAAGAAAGUGUGGUUAGGAGAGACCAGCUCAGCUUUUGGAGGUGGAGCUCCUGAUCUCUCUAACAAAUAUGUAGCAGGCUUUAUGUGGCUGGACAAACUUGGACUGUCGGCUAAACUGGGCAUCGAUGUUGUUGUCAGACAGGCUCUGUUUGGUGCAGGAUAUUACCAGUUGUUGGAUAAACAUCUCAAUCCAUUGCCAGAUUAUUGGCUUUCUCUCAUAUACAAGAAGAUUGUGGGCACCGAGGUGCUGGAUGUAAAUAUUGUGCAAAGCGAUGAAGCAGACGAUGGAAAGCUGCGCGUCUAUAUGCAUUGCACCAAAAAAAACAGCGAAGCCUAUGGAAACGGAUCGGUGACUAUGUUUGCUAUUAACCUGAGUGACAAAGACAAAUACCUCUGCCUGUGCGAGAGUUUGUGCAACAAAACCAUUCAACAGUUCUUGCUAGAGCCUGGAGACAGAAAAGCUGGAUUGUAUUCCCAGUCGGUUCGGCUCAAUGAUGAGGUUCUCAGUAUGGUGGACAGAGAGACGCUUCCAGUUAUAAGGGGAAAGCAGCUUGCACCAGGGAGCAUCAUCCGCCUUCCUGGAUUCUCUUAUGCAUUCUACGUCAUUCAAGAUGCAAAGGCUCCAGCUUGUCAACGAAACUGAACCAAGACAGAGGAGUAACUGCAGCUUGUAGACACAUCAUCCAGACAAGCACAGUAACUGAAAGUGCACGUGAGCACAGGGUACGGCAUUAGUGAAUUAUGGAGCAACCACAUGUAACCUGGUACGUUUCUACUACCUCUUAAUUUUUGUCCCUCAUCUCCUCUCCUGAAGCCCUUCGCCUUCCCUUUGUUUUCUUUUAUUGAGAUACAGUUCCACAGACACUGGUUGUCUCCCAGUAGUUUAUCCAAGUGGUUAUUUUUUACUUGUGAGCCUAGAUGGUGAGUUUUGCCAGGCUAUUCAGACAUAUGGGCAGCACAGCACAGACGAGCACAGUCCUUCUUUGUUUGAAGCUCCUUCCAAAGGGACUUCUGCAUGGUGAGCACAGAUGAGAACCCCAACUGAUUUUCCCCUCCCUAACCCCAGUGGAACCGAGGCCAAUUAUAAGGCUCCUAUUGUUGCCUGGGCUGAGAUCAACUAACUCAGUAUAGACCAUGUUUCAAACCUGCAGCCAUCCAACCAGUCUUGUAUAGUCUAGGCUGUGCCAUUGAAGGAACUUUAUAUAUUUUUAUUGAGAAACCUAGGACUAAGAAGGGACAUAGUGAAAGAACAGCCCUUUUUUUGUGAAAAAAGGAACAAAUGUAAUCAAAAUGCGAGAUUAUCAGUAAUACCUAAUACCUACAAAGUAAUUCAAAUCAAAGUCUUUAUGAGACUUUCAUUUGAGUUACUUUGUCUUCCAUGUCACAAUCUCUUUGUGUGUGUUCUUUAUUGAUCCUUAUGCAAUUAAGUGUGUUGUUUAUUAUUCCAGUGAAGUGAAAGUCUUUGUAAGAUUUUAUUGUCAUUCACUUAUACUAAGACUUCUCAAGUAUCAGUUUAUUGAUUUCUUCCAAACAGAAAUUGUAAUAUAAUCUUCAUGAAAUGCACAUUUUAUUGCGACCUCACUGAAAAUUCUGUAACAUGUGUCCUGUGUUUCUUUGAUAAAAUCAAAUGCACCUGAACAGUGUGUUCAUUAUGGUGAUUGAGCGCAACCUAGAGAAUGGAAAAUACCGUAUUUUAAAAAUAAUAAAUCUACCCCUGGGAGUUUUUUGUGAGUAGUGUUGUUACUCCCAAUAUUGCAAAGGCAGAUUUGGAUGUCAGCUUGCCUUAGUUGGUAGCACUUUUGCCUCUGGAUCAGGAAGUGGUGGGUUCAAGCCCCAUCUUAGGACUUUGAAUCUGACAUUCCACAGAACAGGAGCCAGCGAAGUGCUGCAAUGUGAGGGAUUCUGUCCUGUCGGUAGAAAUGUUAAACCACAAUCUUGUUUGUCUGUUCAGGUGGGUGUGAAAGUUAUUGUAAUGCUACUUGACAUUAAAGAUGGCACUAUUCAAAA